AUGGCGAAGGAGGGGGAGUUGGAAUGCAAGGCGUCGUUCACCAUUGACAUGUGGACGGCACCCAGCGGCAAGGCAUGGCUUGUAGUGACGGGUCGCUGGAUCGACGAGACCUUUCAGCUGCGCACAGCCGUGCUAGAAUUCCGCGAGAUGCUUCGGCGUCAUACCGGCGAGGAGAUGGCGCAGGUGGUGGAGGAGAUGGUGGUGCAGUGGAGGUUGCAGGGGCGUUGUCUUGGUCUCACGACCGACAACGCCUCUAGCAACAUUGCCGCAUUCAGGCGGUUGUCGGAGGAGGGGGGUGGUUUAUGCUUCUUCAACACUAGCAUGCACUUCCGUGCCAUGCACCAUACCCCAUCUAUUGCAAUUGCUGCUGUGUGCCACUCGCAGGUGCUUGGCACACGUGAUCAAACUUGCAGUGCAGGCAGCGCUGGCUGUGAAGACCAUCCGCAGGCUGUUGAGGAUCCUGAGAGCCAUGGCCACGUGGAUAGGAUUGGUCUGUCGAAGGACGACAAGAAGAAGGUAAAGAAGAUGCGCCUCACAGACGCGGACUGGGAGAGGUUGCAGGCGGUGAAGACCUUCCUCAGCCCCUUCGCCAAGGUUUCAAAGGCCGCUGAAGGGGCGGCGUAUCCGACGGUGUCGAUGGUGGUGCCGUAA